UUCUUGACCACGGUUGCGCUCAAUACGCAGAGAAAAGCGCUCCUUUUACGCGUUUUCAUGUUUUUGGUGCGCCGAUAAUAAUUUUUUUUCCCAGAUGAAUUUGUGACGUUGAAACAAUGUUAUCAAAGACUACUACUUUUAUCUUUUUGUGUUCUUUUUUACCUUUAGCAUGGACUAAUUGGAUGUAUUUAGGUAUGGUUGGACCACACCACUCUGUCACCCCACCAGAAAUGGCCAGCGAACAAUCCUCAAUGUGCUCAUCAGUGCCAGGUCUUGUGAUGCAGCAACAAAAAGUGUGCCAGGCACACCCCGCUGUCAUCAAAGCGGUUAGUAGUGGUGCCAAAAGAGGUAUUCACGAGUGCCAGAAUCAAUUCAGGCACGAUAGGUGGAACUGUACAAUUGAAGGUGGAGAAAGUGUUUUUGACCACACACUACAAAGAGGUAGCAGGGAGACAGCAUUUAUUUACGCCAUUACAAGUGCGGGAGCGACGCAUGCGGUGACGCAAGCGUGCAGUGCGGGGAAUUUGACGGACUGUUCGUGCGAUACGUCACGGCAAGGCCAAAGUAUGCCAGAGGGCUGGAAGUGGGGCGGCUGUUCGGACAAUGUGCGUUACGGCAUGAUGUUUGCCCGACAAUUUGUUGACGCCCCGGAAAGGGCGGAAAGAAAAAGGGAUGUGAGGGCUCUUAUGAAUUUGCACAACAACAACGCAGGAAGACUUGCCAUAGCACGACAAAUGGAGUUGAAGUGUCGGUGUCACGGAGUUUCCGGCUCAUGUGAACUGAAGACGUGUUGGAACAAGUUACCCUCCUUUGAACAAGUGGGCCAUUUUUUAAAAAGCAAAUACGAUAACAGCAUACAGGUGUCUUUGAAAGCGAAGAGGAGACUUCGACGCAGAGGAAAAGUGAAGCGGAAAGUACCAGUGCAAAAAGAGGACUUGGUUCACAUCCACCGCUCGCCAAACUAUUGUAUUGAAGAUUUCAAAAGAGGAAUACUUGGUACGAGUGGACGGCGAUGUAACCGUACAGCUAAAGGACCACAAUCUUGCAAUCUCUUAUGCUGUGGGCGAGGCUAUAAUACGCAGGUACACAGAAGAUUAGAACGCUGCCAGUGCAAGUUCCAUUGGUGUUGCUAUGUCAAAUGCAAAACAUGCGAAACCAUGGAAGAAAUCUACACUUGCAAGUGAUACCAAUUUUAAUCGUACUCACUAAAAUGAUCAAGAGAGAGCACGAGGAUAACAAUUCGAUAGUUGAUACUAAACCUCGUUACUUUGGAGGAAAAUGUUUUUUAAUAAAAAUUAAAUCAAACAAACCUGGCGACAAGAUUUUAUGUGGCAAACAAAAACUCAGCAUACUCAUUCAUGUUCAGAAAAAAAACAAGCAUAAUUAAUUUUCGUUCCAUUUUUGUCACAGAGAGAAAGUGUGAGAGGUUGAUUUUCUUCAAGUGUUUGAUCGUGAAAUGAAACUAGAUUGUAAUGGAUUUCUUUAGGAGUUCAUUUCGAUUUGAGCCCUGGUGAAUUUGUAGUGUAUUGAUAUAAAAUCUGUUUGGCGUUCUGGUGGUGUUAUAGCUUGGCGAAGAGUUCGCAAACCAAACAUCUUGUUUCCAUUUCGUUCCCUGGAUAAGUGUUUUUACGAAGAAAGCUGUAAUAAAUAUGCUUUGAGUACAGAUGAUCCUAUGUAUAUUGAAAAUAUACUUUUUUUUUUGGUGAACAUUGUAUGAAUGGAAAUACUUUUUAGACAACUGGAUUGCGUUAUAAAACAAUGAUACUUACAAUCAGAAAGUUCAUCAUAAAUUUGUACAUA